AUGGCGGACUACGAUGAAGCCUACGAGGAGCAAUUUUACGAUGACGCUGAAGAUGGAAUCACUUCCGAGGACUGCUGGACAGUGAUCUCGUCCUUCUUCGACGUCAAGGGUCUUGUGUCGCAACAGCUUGAUUCUUUCGAUGAGUUCAUUUCUUCGACGAUGCAGGAAUUAGUGGAGGAGCAAGGACAAGUUGUUUUGGAUCAGACCGUGCCCCCCGAUGAGGACGAAGCCGAGCCUGUGGUCGUGCGCCGAUACGAGAUCAAAUUCGGUACUGUCAUGCUCACACGGCCAUCUGUGACGGAAGACGAUGGAUCGACAGUGAGCAUGUUGCCUCAAGAGGCACGUCUGCGAAACUUGACUUACGCCAGUCCCCUUUACCUGACCAUGAAGAAAUUCGUUACCGAGGCACGAGAAUGUCAGGUUGCGGAUCGAGCGGACGAUGAAGCUGCCGAUGCAGAUGAUGAAAACAAGGAGCGAGGCACAUAUCUCAAAUGGGCGCCCAGAUCUCACGACUCAGCCUGGCAAGAGGAAGAGACCAUCUUCAUCGGCAAGAUUCCUAUUAUGCUCAAGUCCAAGUACUGCUGUCUGAAGGAAUCGCCUGAAGAGCGACUCUACGCCUGGAAUGAGUGCCCCUACGACUCCGGCGGUUACUUUAUUAUCAACGGAAGUGAGAAGGUGUUGAUUGCUCAGGAGCGCAGUGCGGGAAAUAUUGUGCAGGUCUUCAAGAAGGCUCCACCCAGCCCAACACCAUACGUCGCUGAAAUUCGAAGUGCUGUCGAGAAGGGAUCGCGUCUUCUUUCUCAGCUCGCGCUUAAGCUCUUUGCCAAGGGUGACAGUGCCAAGGGCGGAUUCGGUCCCACCAUCCGUUCGACUCUUCCCUACGUUAAGUCUGACAUUCCGAUUGUCAUUGUUUUCCGUGCUCUCGGUGUCGUAUCCGAUGAGGACAUUCUUAACCACAUCUGCUAUGACCGCAAUGAUACCCCGAUGUUGGAGAUGUUGAAGCCUUGUAUCGAGGAGGGUUUCGUCAUCCAGGACCGUGAAGUUGCUCUUGACUUUAUUGCCAAGCGUGGCUCGUCACAAUCCAAUUUGAACCAUGAGCGACGUGUUCGAUAUGCGCGAGAGAUCAUGCAGAAAGAGUUGCUGCCCCAUAUUUCUCAGAGCGAGGGCAGCGAAACGCGAAAGGCCUUCUUCUUGGGCUACAUGGUUCAUCGUCUGCUGCAAUGUGCCCUUGGCCGCCGAGAUGUUGACGACCGUGACCACUUCGGAAAAAAGCGUCUGGACUUGGCUGGUCCCCUUCUGGCUGGUCUUUUCCGUGUUCUCUUUACUCGCGUCACUCGUGAUCUCCAGCGUUACAUGCAACGAUGUGUGGAGACUAACAAGGAGCCAAACCUUCGCAUUGGCCUUAAGGCUGCGACAUUGACUGGUGGCCUGAAAUACGCCUUGGCAACGGGUAACUGGGGUGAGCAGAAGAAGGCGGCCAGCUCCAAGGCUGGUGUCUCCCAAGUGCUUAGUCGUUACACAUUUGCUUCUAGUUUGUCUCAUCUUCGUCGUACCAACACACCUAUUGGCCGAGAUGGUAAGAUUGCGAAGCCUCGUCAGCUACAUAAUACUCACUGGGGUCUUGUCUGUCCGGCCGAGACACCAGAAGGUCAAGCUUGUGGUCUUGUCAAGAACUUGGCUCUGAUGUGUUACAUCACGGUCGGAACGCCCAGCGAGCCUAUCGUGGACUUCAUGAUUCAACGGAACAUGGAGGUUCUUGAAGAGUUCGAGCCACAGGUUACUCCCAACGCUACGAAGGUCUUUGUUAAUGGUGUCUGGGUCGGUAUUCACCGUGAUCCGACACACCUGGUCAACACGAUGCAGUCCUUGCGUCGACGCAACAUGAUCUCUCAUGAAGUCAGCUUGAUUCGUGACAUUCGUGACCGAGAAUUUAAAAUUUUCACGGAUGCUGGACGUGUCUGCCGUCCCUUGUUUGUUGUGGACAAUGACCCGAAGAGUGAAAAUGCAGGAUCUCUGGUCCUGAAUAAGGAACAUAUUCGUUUGCUUGAGUUAGACAAGGAUCUUCAACGUGAGCUGCCACCAGAGCAACUCCGCGAGCAGGGUUUCGGAUGGGACGGCUUGGUCAGGUCAGGAGUCGUGGAAUACGUCGACGCUGAAGAGGAAGAGACGAUUAUGAUUGUCAUGACCCCCGAGGAUCUUGAGAUCUCCAAACAUCUUCAGGCAGGAUAUUCCCUCCCCGAAGAUGACAAGAACGAUCUCAACAAGCGUGUCCGCACUGUCACUCAGCGCGCCCACACUUGGACUCACUGCGAGAUUCAUCCCAGUAUGAUUCUUGGUGUCUGUGCCAGUAUCAUUCCUUUCCCCGAUCACAACCAGUCGCCCCGUAACACUUACCAGUCUGCCAUGGGUAAACAAGCCAUGGGUGUCUUCUUGACCAACUUUGCACAGCGAAUGGAGACAAUGGCAAACAUUCUCUACUACCCUCAAAAACCACUUGCGACAACGCGGUCGAUGGAGUUCCUGCGCUUCCGCGAGUUGCCCGCCGGUCAAAACGCUAUUGUCGCCAUUGCCACUUAUUCCGGUUACAACCAGGAGGAUUCCGUCAUCAUGAAUCAAAGCAGUAUCGACCGUGGUCUCUUCCGCAGUCUGUUCUAUCGUACAUACACGGAUUCGGAAAAGACGGUGGGCACAUCUUUCGUUGAGAGUUUCGAGAAGCCUAUCAAGAGCGAGACCAUCGGCAUGCGCAAGGGUACAUACGACAAACUAGACGACGACGGUAUCGUUGCUCCUGGUGUGCGUGUCUCUGGAGAGGACAUCAUCAUCGGCAAGGUCGCCCCCCUCGCACCCGAUGCGGAAGAGCUCGGGCAACGAACCAAGUCACACGUCAAAAUCGAUGUAUCUACGCCUCUUCGCAGUACUGAAAAUGGUAUCGUCGAUCAGGUCGUGAUUUCGACCGCCAACGAUGGUCUCAAAUUCGCCAAAGUCCGCAUGCGUACCACCAAGGUUCCGCAGAUUGGUGACAAGUUCGCUUCCCGUCACGGGCAGAAGGGUACUAUUGGUAUCACAUACCGACAGGAGGACAUGCCUUUCAGCCGCGAGGGGUUGACACCUGAUAUUAUCAUUAACCCUCACGCUAUUCCCUCGCGUAUGACCAUUGCUCACUUGAUCGAGUGUCAGCUCAGUAAAGUCUCAGCUCUUCGAGGAUUUGAAGGCGAUGCCACGCCAUUUACAGACGUGACUGUUGACUCCGUCUCGCGUCUGCUUCGUGAGCACGGUUAUCAAUCUCGUGGAUUCGAAGUCAUGUACAACGGCCACACCGGCCGCAAGUUGGUGGCUCAGGUCUUCCUUGGUCCCACUUAUUACCAGCGGCUGCGCCACAUGGUAGACGACAAGAUUCACGCUCGUGCUCGGGGCCCAACGCAGAUCUUGACACGCCAACCCGUAGAGGGUCGUGCUCGUGAUGGUGGUCUUCGUUUCGGAGAGAUGGAGCGUGAUUGCAUGAUUGCCCAUGGUGCCAGUCACUUCCUCAAGGAACGUCUCUUUGACGUGUCAGACCCCUUCCGAGUCCACAUUUGCGACGACUGCGGUCUGAUGACUCCUAUCGCUAAACUCAAAAAGGGUCUCUUUGAAUGUCGCCUGUGUAACAACAAGCACCGCAUCUCCCAAGUCCAUAUCCCCUACGCCGCCAAGCUUCUGUUCCAAGAGCUGGCCUCGAUGAACAUUGCCGCUCGGAUGUUUACUGAUCGCUCUGGAGUUUCGGUGCGCUAA